AUGUACAUCAAUUCCUUCCCUUCUAGCUGUCUCGGUCUCCUGGGUCUUCUCUCCGCCUCGUUUAUCGAUGGCCAGAGAACCGUCACUCGCGACGCAUGUGCCAUCGCGAGGUCCGUCGACAACUCUUGCACCGCAAGAUUCAGCAUAGACCGAACCAAGAUUGGGCUUGAUACGACCUGGACAACGCCCCCGGUGAUAACUUACGACGGAGUGGACGUCGUCAGAUGUUUCUGCUGUCUGGAAGAGGCGCCCCUGACGCCCGUCUGGUCCUCAUGUGCAGCGCAAAUCGAGACCGCAAGCCCAGAGAAAGACCAGUACCUCGAAAACCUCGAAGACUGUCUUGGGUUCGAGGAGUGUCGAGUAGAGACUGCGACUCCGGCAGCCUGUCACACCAUGAGCGACUGGGUCAUGGGAUGCUCUUCGCAUGUCAAGCCGGAGACCAUGUCAUCAAGUGAGCGAUUCUCGCGCAUGGAAGAAUGCCUUUGCCCCACGUCUGCUCCAGGUGCCUUCAAUAACGCACACGAAGCUUGCGGCAACUGGGCUUGGAUUCACAACCCUGAGUAUGGUUCCUCUAUGCAAUCCAUUGCGCCGUACUGGUGUAACUCUAAUCUCGACACCACAAUUUACUCAGCCACGGCCACAAGCUCUGUCUCCUUCGAGGAUUUAUCCAGCACUGCCUUUGCAUCAACGUCCCUAACAUCGGCAUCAAAUCCCUCUGUCCCCACCUCUACGAUGAACUCCGCUAUACCAUCGAACACGGUAGCAAGCCAAGCCACGAACUCGUCUGGACAGCCGAAUACUAGCAUCGUCGUUGUCAUCGCUAUAGUUGUGAUUGUUUUUAUGAUGGUGGGAGGCAUUGCGAUUUGGUCGAGCGUUAAGCGUCCACGGGAUGAUUACGGUAUACCCAUUUGA